AAUACUUUUAUUAAACUUGAUGCACAUUGAUGCAAAUGAGAUCCACACGUGUGUUAUGUCAAAUUGAUGCAAGUUAGAACCUGCACAAACAAAGGACAGAAUUUUCUCUGUACACAGUACAAAGAAGGAACAGGGUAGGAUUUAGCCCUGCAAGUUUGGUAUUUUACCUUUAUCCAAAACAAAAUAACGGCCAAGAAGAUUCGUAGUUGUUGAGAAGCUUAUGCCAUAUAUAACAAAAUAAAUAUGCACUAGAUCUUAUGCUUUAAAGAGAGGAAAGGAAGAUACCAAACCUUCAUUCAAUCCAUUCAGUUCCCUCUCACUGCACAAGCUUCUCAAGAACUCUUUCCACCAAAUUCCCAUACCAUAAAAUUAGCAAGUGAACAAAGAAGCAUGUUUUAGUCCUUUGUGUUUAAUUUGUUCAUGCUGUUUCUCUUUCUCAAUGGCCACCACAAUGCCGAAAUUCAAGCGAAAACUUGUGAUGGGUGCAAAUGGUCGCACCAACCCCUUGGUGUGGCUAGUGGCGAUUAUCUGCACCAUCAUAGCAGUAGCAGUGGUAGUUGUAGGCAUUGUAGUGUUCAUUGGUUACAUAGUGAUACACCCUAGAGUGCCUGUGAUCAGUGUCACCAAUGCACAUUUAGAUCUUCUCAGAAAUGACUAUGCUGGUUUGCUCCAAACCCAACUCACCAUCGUCGUGACUGCGAAGAAUGGGAAUGCCAAGGCUCAUGCAUCCUUCUCCGCGAUCACCUUCAACAUCAGCUACCAGGGCCAAGACAUUGCUGUGCUUGUUGCUGACCCUUUUGAGGUGCCAAAGAACAGCUCAAAGGACCUCAGCUAUGUUGUCCAAUCUUCUUCUAUACCCUUGACUCCUGAUCAAAUGGAGGAAGUGAAUGAUGCUUGGAAGAGGAAUGAAAUUGAGUUUGACUUCAAAGGGGCUGCAAGGACACAGUGGAGGGUAGGGCCUUUAGGGUCUGUGAAGUUCUUGUGCCAUCUUGAUUGUGACCUCAAGUUUCGCCCCGUGAAUGGGACUUACAUUCCCUCGCGGUGCACCUCCAAAUCACACUGAUUGUGUUGAAAGUAAUAAUUCUCGUAAGAAGAAUGUUAAUUAAGGACACACUUGCUGACACUUCCUUUCUAACACUCAUUCUAUUAUUGGCUGAAAUUCAUUGGAAAUAAUCAAUUUUGGUGAGUCAUACUUCUGGUUUAAUGAUUCUCUAUCUUAAUUUAGAAGUAAAAUACACCAAAAUUUAUUAUUUUUAAUAAAUUUCAGUCAACCAUAGAGAUAAUGUUAGAAAAAGAGUGUCCGAGAUAAUUGCUUAGAUUUCUGUCUGAUGCAGAUAUUAUAUCUCUUAGUUUAUCAUAGAAUAGGUUAUCUUCUGGUUUAUCUUUUAGAUUGUUUUUUCCAUUUUGGCGAGGCCUUGCACAUAUAUUUUCUCCACCUCUUCUUCCCUCUGUAGUUCUUUUCAUAUUUGUGUCACUUUCUUAACUAAUGUAGAUUUUCAGGUAAUAAAACUCAGAAUAUUUUUGAGUC